UUGCUUCGCAAUCGUAAAGCGGAUGAAGAAAAAAAUCCAGCAUAUAUCUGCUUGAAAAGAGGAAGAAAAAAACGCAUAAUAAAAUUCGUCACCACUUUGACAUACUAUCAAAAUUUUUGGUAUUCGAUAAAUGCAAUCAUCAUGCUGAGCGAGUAAAAGCAGUGCCGAUAACGAACGGAUGAAUGUGAAAUUAUGUGAAAAACGUCUUGAAUUGUGUUUUAGUGUAGAAAGCAAGGCAAAGUUAUUGAAGUUUCUUAAGGGAGGAGCAUUGAAUAGUUUGCAACAAGGUUCACCCGUCCGACGCUUAGUCAACGAUUAUGGGUAAGAAAAAAGUGCCCAGUGAGGACUUAAUAGUACCGCCACAGGAUCAGCGAAUUUGCGGCACAAUAUGUGUCUGUCAAAUGACAUUGGUAUUAAGUUCGGUAGCUUUAGUUUAUUUAACAGUCGCCAUAUAUAUGCCGUCGACGCGAGCCUUUAAAAGCGGCAUUGAUCAGACACCCGUCAUGUGCACUACAACACGUGCGGUUAAUAAGGAGAAUUGUGAAUGGGGCUCAUGCGGUGAAUGGUGCCUAAGUAAGACAUCGGGCGCUUGUAUACAAAUUUAUGUAAAUCUACGUAACAAUGGCACCAAUUUAAGUUUUCAAAAUUGUACUAAUUCGGCCAAUAAGACCUGCUAUGGCAUUGACCAGGAUCGAGCUGAUAAGGCCCGUUGCAUACAUGAUGAAUGUAAAAAUCUUACGGGAACUUUUAAUUGCACAGCUGGCCAGUGUUUAAAUAUCACCGAUGCCUUUGAAUGUGUUUUCAAGAAUAGUGAUUCACCAGUUAAGUGUUCAGGUAGAAGGGGGAAAAUCAAUUGCAUGGAUAUAAGUGGCUUGUUUUCAUGCAAUCGCGGCACUUGCCGUAAAAUACGUACCCCUUACAAUUGCGACCGCCGUUGUGUCGACAUACCAACACGCAAUAAAAACGUAGUAAUACUAAGCGGCGACAAAGUUUACUUAUCGCAAUGCCAGAACGCUAUAAACGCGGAAACAGAAGAGGAGGUAUGGAAUGAGUCAGGCGAUAAUGUGGUAAUGGCAUCGUGUUAUUUUAUUAAAAACACUUCCGAUCGGGUAGAUGCAAUGGAUUGCAUAAACGGUUCCACUAUAGAGCAUAGCAUGCUAACGGAUCUCACCAACUUUACGUAUUUAAGUCAUUUACAUAUAACCGUAGCGAAUCCGGUACCAGAGAUAGCACCGCCCGAUGUAGAUCUAACUAUAUCGAAUGAAUCGAAGCUUAUGAUUAAUCUGGAGGGUUGCGUUAAUACACUGAUGGAUGAAUGCAAAGAAUUCCUUAAGGAUUUCGGACGCGAUGGCAGCGAUCAUAAUGCUCGUGCUCGUUUCCCAUGCUUCUAUUCGCCCCAAAAGAAGGAUGUUGUUGUAGCUCGUUUCAAUUUGGAAGUCACCUACCGUCAAUUCGUAUUUGCUUCUGUAGUCCCAUCGGUGCUGUUUGUAGUUUCUUGUCUAGUGCUGUUGCUCUGUCAAAAAACCGUUUAUGUAGGCGACGAUGCUAAGAUGCGUUUCAAAGGUUGUGUGGAUACUGACACAAUAUUAUCGAAGAACGCUUUAACUGAUCAGGCUAAUGGCGAUAACGGCGGAGGUGGAGGUGGCGAUGAAGUCAUGGCUCUAUGAGAUCCGUCACGCAUUCCUCUGCUUCAAGAAGACAGUCCUGUACAUCAAUCGGGCAUAUUUGCAUUGCAAUAAUUUAUCAUACUCUGUAACAACAACAACAACAAGAACAACACCUACUGUUAUCGAUCACAACUCAAUUUCAUUAAUAAAUUAAAAAGAAAAAAAAAA